CGUCAGCCCUCGUUCGACGCGGGACACACAACGUAGAAAUGUGGGGGUGCAGCGCUCUCGCUCUCGCUCUCGACGACGCGACGCCAGGCGCAACGUAACGCAGCGCAGCGCAACGCAGCGCAGCGCACGGUCGCCGCUACCUACCCGACUCCUCGAGUCUUCGGUCGACCGUCGGACGGCUGGGCAAACCCGCUUCGACGACCGUCAAGAGUUCAGUCUGUUGCCGCACGCACGCCGACGCACAUCGCGCCCGGAGUUCUGAACCGGCCGCCGAUAUUAGGGGAGGAAUUUAUCGUUAUCCGUGAGGAUAUUCACGCGUUUAUCCGCACGAUUUUUUACGCUUGUCAGCUGUUUCGUUACAACAGCCUUCGGGCGGUUUUUCUGUUUUAUGGACGGAUAGCUUUUACCGUCGGAGCACCCUUGCGUGUACGGUGAAUUUGCCUUUUUUUCGUCGUUUCUGUUAUCGAACAACUUCGAUCGAGACUCGGAUCUUUUUCGAAGACUUCGAACAAUUGCUGCGGCCCAAGUGUGACAAACUCGUUGUGCGACGUUCCCAUUGGAUUAUAAAUCAAACUGUGUUCGUGAACAAAACCAAACAAAAAAAAAAUUAUAUAAAUAAAAAAGUAUAGCAGGAGGGAUAGAUAAUACACCGAACUUCACGUUGACGUCGAGUACUUUGCAACGUGAAUAUUGCCAACAUAAAAAACAAAAAAAAGUUUGUGGAUGCCGAUGUCAGGAUGAACGGCCACGUGGUGGAGUCUACCUGUCAGCUCUCCGACUUUAUGAAAGCUGGCGUGAUGUCCGCAUCGGAGAGGGACGCUGGUUUCUGCAGCGGAGGUGACGAGGAUGACAUGUCAGGUCUGCACUCGCCGAGUGCCUCUGAGGACAGCGUCGAGGUUCAGGUGACACCGAUAUCGCUUAGGAACAAGCGCAAGCUCGCGGAGCCGAGGAAGAUCCAGGAACCUUGUACAGCGCCGUUGAAGAAGCGGCGUUUCGAGCAGGUCGAGCAGAUCCAGGAGGUCGCCUCGGUCGGCGACGAGGAGUCGAGGCCAGCAGCGUGCUCGUCGCCGUCGCCCUUCCGACCCUGGAGCACGACUACGGGGAAAAGCGGGGAUCCGAAGCCGCAGACCGUCGCGGAAAGGCCGCCACCGACCGACGAAGAGACCCGGAGAAGGCACGAGGCUCGGUUCCAGGAGGAGGUCCUUCUCAGGCUCCGGGAAGGCAGUCCCUCCGCCUCAUCACCGCCCCUCGGUCACCUCCGCAGGCACGAGGCCCUCCAGAGGUUCGAACCACCCCCGCCGCCUCCGGUACCCGCGGUCCUUCCGCAUCCUCGGCUGCAGGACGAACCUCUGGCGCUGGUCCUGCGCGGUGAGACGCCACGUGUUCCGGAGCAUCCUGGGGUCAGCGGGAGCUUCGAGAGGGUCGGAUUCCCCCUGGAACACGUUCUUCAACACCCGAACGACGGUCAGGCCAGAUCGCAGAGCGGCCAGCAGCGGAACUACAAGAACAUGACCCGGGAACGCAGGAUAGAAGCGAACGCCAGAGAGCGGACCAGGGUUCACACCAUCAGCGCCGCCUUCGACACCCUCAGACGCGCCAUUCCCGCAUAUUCGCAUAACCAGAAAUUGUCCAAGCUUUCCGUUCUCAGGAUCGCCUGCAGCUACAUCAUGACACUUAGCAAGAUCGCGAACACUCCGGAGGGCGAUGGCGCUACCAGUCCUGCCCUCGGCGCAUGCGUAGAUCUUGUUUCGCGCACCAUUCAGACGGAGGGGAAGUUGCGGAAGAAAAAAGAUGAGUAGACUACGCUGGGGGG